AAAGGACCUCCCUUCCAUUUCCAAUCUCGCCCCGCCCACCGCCCGGAUUACCUAGUCUUUCGUCGUCGUGAAACCCCUAUUUCCAGCUCUUCGCCUCCGUUAGUGGGUUAUGUCCAGUACUCAAAGAUCAAUCAAGAUCGCUUGCUAUACUUGAAGAAGCAUGGAACAGGGAGAGCCAUAAAUGCAACCCCGACAAGAUGGACCGUGGACCCAUACUUUCUGUGCCAUCUAUUAGCGCUUGCGCAGCUUCAGGAGCAGAUGUUGGUAUCGACAUCACCUAAGUCACGCCUAAUCAUCACGAACGUACUUGAUUCGAAGUAUAUCUACAUUUAUGAAGCCCAGAUUCCUCGCGGGCUUUUAAAUGGGCUACGAGGACUGAAAACUGCCAUGUACCCCAUAACGUGGCCCGUAAUACGGCGGACGAAAAUUCCCUUCUAA